AUGACCUCGUUGGCAGAGUCUCUUGAAGAUGUACUGCCAAAAGACGAGCAUUUUGCUCUUGCAAACCUGCAAAGUAUUCCAAAGCUCAGCAAGCCAGUUGUGUAUCAGUCUGAGCGUCCACACACCGUGAAGAUAAUUCAUUUUAUCGUUCUUUUCCACAACCAAACUCCAGUGCUUGCAACAGAGGUGUACGUAUACUUGACAAUUGCAGAGACAUUGAAGCGCACAAUAUAUGUCUCAAAGGUGGACACGACAGGACUGACCAAGGUGAAAGUCGGGAAAGUGGUACAAAGAAUUCUGGAAUGGCUAUUUGAAUAUCCAGUCACUCAGUACCUAAGAGAUCUUAGAGUGAAGCAUACGUAUAAAACUGUGCUCAAGCCUCACCCUCCAUUUACCUCACCAGUUCAGAGAGCCUUGCAUAUUUUAAUCGAACGAGCCAAAGGAGACAAAGACUACGGAGUGCCUCAAAUUGUUGAAUCAAAAGCCUACCGAGUGCCCUCUCGCUUUCUUUCACUCACCAAUUCCGAUUUUCAAACAGACCUGGUGCUAUUCACGCGGGCGGAAAGUCAGUACUUGUUCCCUAACUCAAAUAAAAAUGAUGGCAAGCAUAUAUUAGAUGAUGGCGGAUUGCUCAAAUGGUGGUUGAAAUCGAUCAAUUUGAGCGUCAACAAGUCUUUUAAGAGUGCGCAGAAAUACGUUGAUAUCCUCAAUUCGGAGCCUCGCCAGAUCAGCAGGUAUUUCCCCGAAAACGACUGGAAAAUUGGUAGCAUUUACUACAGACCGGAAAAAGCUCACGAUCUGGCCGUCUAUAACAUUCCGCUUCUUCCUGAUGAUCCAAAGGGAAGAUUCUUGGAACACUUGGUUGUCGAAAACCGCGCAAAAAGAGUGUCACUAAGUCAGUUUUGGACAGAGCUGGCUUUUAGACAGGAGUUCAGACUCGGUCGCAUCGUUGGGUUAAUUGGAGUCACAGGGACCUGCAACGAGUCUGCACCGGGGCCUCUUAGUAUGCUAAAAGGUAAAGAUUUUGAAAAUGCCAGAAAAGUGUUCACAGAGUCUGAUUACAGUGAUUCCUCUGAGGUGGAAGCCAUAUACGAUAGAGUGCUAGAAUACGGUGUUGAAUUGCAAGAAAUGACAGGAAGACAAGACAGAGUGGCUUCCUCGUCUAUUCCAGAGUCCAACAAACGGCCUGUAACAGAUCUGGGGAUGCUGGUGAAGAGGAAGAAAUCUACGACACAGCAAUUGUCAUGA